CCACUCCGAACCACUGUUUACUGUCAACUCCCACUCGUUAUUCACUCGUGUGUGCCAGAGAGUCAACUUAUCGGCCUCUUUGGAUUUCAUAGUUUGUCCAAAUUUCCGUCAUUACUUAGGACUAGUUCCAAGUGUAAGUGGAAACUGGGAGUCAACAAACCCUCUGGGAUAUAAGGCUGCAAUGGACGACGCCGGCGAAAGCACGCAUUAUCGAACAAGGACAGGAGUCCAUCUUCCAAGAUUUUUGAUGGAACCACGGUCUUUGUCGUCUAAAAAAGAUCGAGAAAAGCAAAAUUUACGCUACGUUCCGCCAGCCCCUCGUCCGCACUAUGUCCGAUCAGCUCCGACUCAGACUAGAUUAAUUCAUUCUCGUUUUGGAGUUGAUUCUCAAGAUUUGGACAAUUCCUUUCAACUUUUAAUGUCUGGGGGGAACAACGCCACGACAAGCAUAUUCCGGUCGACUUUUGAUAUACAAGAACGACUUGGAUUUGGGUCUUUUGGAGACGUGUUUAGAGUCAGAAGCAAAUUGAAUCAAAAAGAGUACGCUGUCAAAAAGUCUCGACGAAUGUACAUUGGUGAAGCUGAUAGGGCUCGGCAGCUCCGAGAAGUUAAUAGAAUGACUGAUAUUGAACCAAACCCUCAUCUCGUAGAAUUGGAAACGGCGUGGGAAGAAGAUGGUCAUUUAUUUUUUCAAUUGGAACUAUGCUCAAAAUCAUUGAAUCAAAAAAUUGAAGAAGGAGGAUUUUUAACUGAAGAAGAGGCAUGGGAUGUUCUUGUUGAUAUGCUUUAUGCCUUGCAACAUUUGCAUAAGAAUCUUCUAGUCCAUAUGGAUGUGAAACCAGAAAACAUUUUUCUCACAAUCGACACUCCAACCAAGUACAAACUGGGAGAUUUUGGAAUCAUUGUGUGCUUAAAUGAGAAUAGGGAUUUGACAGAGUUUACGGAAGGAGAUUCGCGUUAUCUAGCUCCUGAGGUAAUGCAAGGGACAAUAACAACGAAAGCUGACGUUUUCAGUCUGGCUUUAACAAUCUUGGAAAUAUCUUGUCAUGUGGACUUGCCUAAAAGUGGAUCAUUGUGGCAUGAAUUAAGGAAUGGACAGCUACCAGAGCCCACAAACAAUCUUGUCCCUGCCACGUUGGAACCAAUCAUUAAGGAAAUGCUUACUCCAGAUAUUAAUGAGCGACCUUCAAUUAAUGACUUGCUAUGUCGCUCGGAUGUCCAAAGUCGAAUUCGCCAACGAAACUGGAUGUUCCGAAGGGCAUGGGUUGGACAAAAGUGUAAACUAGUAUGUCGUAUCUGGGCUGCUUUUAUGUCGUGUUUGGCAUCCUUGUUCUUCUUUACGAAAUAUUUGAGGCAAGGGAAUGAACGGAAAGAUGUUCCGGCGUCUGAAGUUGGUCGGAGGACUCCUGAGCCUUUUCCUGCAGAUCGAGACAUUCCAAACGUGCUACUAAAUGAUAGUUCAUUUUCUGAUGAUGAAGAACGAAGACCGAAAAGUCCUACACUUGUCUUUGCUUCUACCCCCAUUUCUCAUUCAAAGACUCGAUCCGGAGGCAUCCGAUUACGUAAUAGUCGGCUCCAUCAACUUGGAGCUGUAACUGACAAUGACCUCCGAACUGUAGUCGGAAGUCCGUCUCGAAAUUUAUUAAAGGAAUUUGAAGCUGUGUCUGACUGAGUCGGGCCGCAAAUCAGCAUAAACUGACCUGCUCCGUAUAUUUCUUUCUUGAUUCCAUUUGAUACUGCAAUUUUAAGUACAGUGCCGACUUUCAUCUACGCUUUUGCUUCUGACUCACUCAAUAAUGAAAUGACGACAGAUUUAUCUCACAUAGUGACUGAAUUUUGGAACCUUCAUAUUAUUAUUGUAUUAUUAAGCUCUAUACCAUAUGAAGAUUAUCAUUAGUAUGCCUUAUUAGAAGACAAGAAGAUUGAUUAGUUUUGUGAAACUUGGCACAGAUGUAGUCACAAAAACAAUACGCUUAUAUGUACACUGCACAAAUUUUGCUCAAUUAAGACUUUCAUUCCAUCGCAAGUGUGUGCCAUGAAAAUUACGACGCUUAAUAACGAAAUCCUAAGAUUGAACCUGAACUAAUCCUACUCGUAUCAGACAUUUAUAUUAUUCUUGUUAAUAUAGCUCUACUUAUCAGAAAAGCAACCAUAAUACGUAAUAAUUAAUCUUAGUGUUUGUUUUAGCUUCUACCCUACCAGUAUUUUAUCAAAACACAUUGCUCAAAAUUGCAAUAGAUAUAUCUGGGUUUUUUGUAUAUAACAAUCUAUUUUUCACUGAUACUAAAACCGUAAAAAUAAGACAACAUUUUCAAACCAUUGUAGAAAGAUAUAAUAAUUAAUUACUGUAAUCAAUGUUUUACAAUUUGGUAGCUUUCAAGGGAAAACCUGUUUAAUCUUUUAAUUACAGUUUAUUUUUUGUUUUCUUUACCGUGCCGAUAAAUUUAAGAUGAAUGGUACUAGUUUGACGAAAGUAUUAUAACCAUAAAAAAUGUUCCAACAUUAUUUUGAGAGAGAUUAAAUAAAUAUUUACCAAUAGUUAAAAAUUGAAAACUUGGCUUUUCCAAGUGCUUCAAUACUGAUAA